GUUAUUGUAUUUCAGUGGACUGCCGAUAGUUGGUCGACUUUGACGGCUGGUGUGUGGUCUGUCUAGAAAUAAUUUUUAAAAGUUUUUCGUCUUAAACAUAUUAGUUUAUUUCGUCCCGUAAAAUGGGCAAAUUAAUAUAUUUUCCCGGCUUGAUAGCCGUAUUAGGGGCGGCUGUUUACCUGAAGUGCAACCGACCGGAAGUCCAGCCGGAAGUGAUGCCCGAAGACGUGUGGUGGGGACCUAAGUACGACCAAAACUUGGACGGAAACACUGAAAUCCGACCGUUUCGCAUUAACAUCACUAACGAGGUAAUCGAUGAUCUCAAAUACAGACUGAAGACGGCUAGGCCUUAUACCAGACCGUUGGAGUCGGUGAACUUCGAGUACGGCUUCAAUCACGAUUACCUGGCAAAAGUCGUCGACCACUGGCUGAACCGGUACGACUGGGCUGCCAGACAGGCGCAUAUGAACGUCCUGCCGCAAUUCAAGACCCGCUUGUACGGCCUGGACAUUCAUUUUAUACACGCUAAGCCGGCGACCACCAAACACCGGCUGAUACCUUUGCUGAUGGCUCACGGAUGGCCAGGAUCCGUUGCAGAGUUCUACCGAAUCAUACCGUUGCUCACCAAGCCCAGGGACGGUUUUGAUUUUGUGUUCGAAGUUAUAGCGCCGUCACUGCCUGGUUACGGGUUUUCCGACCCUGCUGUGAGACCGGGCAUGGGACCUGCACAAAUAGGGCAGGUAUUUGUGAAACUCAUGGAGAGGCUAGGUCAUAAAAAGUUCUACGUCCAAGGCGGCGAUUGGGGAGCGAUUAUUGUAGACGCCAUGGCCAAACUCUUUCCGGAUAAGUUAUCUGGUAUGCAUUCUAACAUGUGCACGGUUGCAAUAGGAAAUUUAGAUUUAUGCGACUUUACGCGACUAAUAUUGGGUUCAUAUUGGCCAUCGUUGGCUGUCAGCAGUGAAAUGGAAGAGAAACGAACUUAUCCUCUGAGCAAAAUGUUAUCGAACACUCUAGAAGAAAGCGGUUAUAUGCACUUACAAAUGACCAAACCCGAUACUGCAGGAGUGGGUUUGAACGAUUCGCCGGUAGGAUUAGCAGCGUAUAUUUUGGAAAAAAUUUCCACUUGGACCAAAUUAAAACACAAACACAUACCGGACGGCGGGCUUUCGACUUACAACCUGGACGAUUUGUUGGACAAUGUUGUUAUUUACUGGGUUUCUGGUUCUAUGACUACAUCAAUGCGAUUAUAUUCAGAAUACGCUAGUACUAAAUACCGGUCCCUUCCGAACAACAAGGCUUUAGUCAAGGUGCCAGCAGCUUGUGCUAAUUUCCCACACGAGCUGAGUAUUGCUUUAAGUUUAAAGAAGUUCUUAAAAAAGAAAUACACAAAGCUGAUUAGAGUGACCGAAAUGGCCGAUGGUGGACAUUUUGCUGCUUUCGAACAACCCGAAUUUCUAUCCGAUGACAUAUGGACAUCGGUUAAAGAAAUAGAGGAAAAAUAUUACUAAAAACCCUAUGGUAAUUAUUAUUGUUCAUUUUACUAUAUUAUAAUAGGCGUUUAAUAUUUAUUUUACGAUUCGAAUUAGGUUCUAUAUACACCUAAUAGAAGUUCUUGAAAUAAUUUCAUUAUAGUUGUUUUGUAAAUGCAUUCUGUACGAUUAUUUUUAAUAA